GGAGCUUCUGUUGGCAGAUCUGACAUCCGAUUUCCGUGUUCAAUGGAACGCAGCAAUCCUCAACCUAGAAUUAUCACAAUCACUAAAAUGAACGAUAAGGACAAAAACCGGGAGUCACGCUCCUCCUCCAGGAGCUUGAGUCCUCGUGGCUCUGGGAAGUCGGCAAGCCGCUCCCCAGCUCGUUCGCCUGCCCGUUCAAAAGAUGGAUCCCGGCAUUCCCGCUCUAAGUCCUGGUCUCGAUCCAGGUCCAGAUCUGGCUCCCAUUCCCACCGCGGCUCACGCAGACAUAGCCGGUCUCGGUCCCGCUCCAGGUCCCAUCAUCGCAGAUCUCGCAGUCGAUCCUACAGCGGAGAACGUCGGCGCAGAAGCCACAGCCACUCGCCCAUGUCCACUCGCCGCAGGCACAUUGGUAAUCGUGCUAAUCCAAAUCCAAACGGCUGCCUGGGAGUGUUUGGCCUGAGUCUGUACACCACAGAGAGGGAUCUGAGGGACGUCUUCUCUAAAUAUGGACCCCUGGAAGAUGUCAACAUUGUUUAUGACCAGCAGUCGAGGCGCUCCAGGGGCUUUGCUUUUGUUUACUUUGAGAACACAAACGAUGCUCAAGAGGCAAAGGAACAAGCAAACGGCAUGGAGCUCGAUGGUCGUAGAAUCAGGGUGGAUUUCUCCAUCACUAAAAGAGCUCACACCCCAACCCCUGGAAUCUACAUGGGGCGACCAACACAUAGCGGAGGUGGUCCCAGUGGGCCCCGACGCCAUUCACGUGACUAUGAUCGGGGAUAUGAUCGCGGAUAUGACAGAGGAGGUGACAGAGGAGGUGACAGAGGAGGCGACAGAGGAGGCUACGAUCGCUAUGACGACAGAGAGUACUACAAUAAAUCAUACAGACGCCGCUCUCCUUCUCCAUAUUACAGAGGUGCAUACAGGUCUCGGUCAAGAUCCCGAUCCUAUUCGCCUCGUCGAUAUUGAGCCAUUCCAAUGGGCAAAAAUAUCCUCUCUUCUUAUGGACAAACAAGAUUUUUUUUUUUUUUUUUUUUUCAGAGAUAUGUUGAAUUUUAUCUUAGAUGUUUGUUUUUUUUCUUAAAGGGAUAGUUGGUUUCUUUAGACUGGUGUUGCAUGAGGGGAAAUCUAAAACACACCUGCAGCAUCAGCUCAGCCUUCACAGGUUGACCAGUAAGACAAUUUUUUUUUUACAUCGACAAAAAGAAAAUCUACACGUUGUUAAAAUAUUUUAACCCUUUACUUUCGAAGAUGUCUUGUGUAGUCACUGGAGAAGUCAUUUUAUGUGGCAGAACGUGCAUUUCCUGUUUCAGUUGCCUAGUUUAUUUUUGUUUCCAUUAAUUAGAUUUUGUCUUUUGUUUUCAGAAAGUGUGGAUCAGACUUAAAUCUUUACUUUGGAAGUCUAGGCACACUUCUGGGUUCUGUAAAAAUAAAAAAAAAACAUUAUUUUUGACAAAGAACAUGCAUGGAUGUGAGGGAAUAAGCUUUGUUUACAUUGUGCCAGUAGCAUCCACUUCCUUUAAAACAAAAAAUACUUCUACAAUCCAACAUUAAAGAAACCAGCCCGUCCCGUUAAGACAUUCUCCACUGUUCUGUUUGCAUUAUAUACAUAAAUAUACUUAGUUGGUGAAAGUAGGAUGAUUGUAAAGGAGUUAUUGUUUUAAAGUGUACUUGUGCAGC